GGACCGUGAUGUGCCGGGCCUGGACACAGUGAUCCCCCUUGAGUCAACAGCAGCCUACGACAUGCAUGACGUCAUCACUGGGAUCAUUGACGAUCAAGAGUUUUUCGAGAUUAUGCCAGCGUACGCCAGGAACAUCAUCACCGGGUUUGCCAGGAUGAACGGCCGCACCGUCGGUGUUGUCGGAAACCAGCCCAAAGUGGCCGCAGGUUGUUUGGACAUCAACGCGUCUGUGAAGGCGGCCCGCUUCGUGCGUUUCUGCGACGCGUUCAACAUCCCACUCAUCACCUUCGUUGAUGUGCCAGGAUUUCUGCCAGGCACAUCCCAGGAGUACGGAGGAAUCAUCCGCCACGGGGCCAAGCUGCUGUACGCCUUCGCUGAGGCCACCGUGCCCAAGAUCACCGUCAUCACCAGAAAGGCCUACGGAGGUGCGUAUGACGUGAUGAGCUCGAAGCAUCUGAAGGGAGACAUGAACUACGCAUGGCCGACCGCUGAGGUGGCUGUCAUGGGUGCAAAGGGUGCCGUGUCCAUCAUCUUCCGAGGCAGCGCUAAUCCCGCAUCGGAGGAGGCAGAGUACAUCGAGAAGUUCGCGAACCCGUUCCCCGCCGCCGACAGAGGCUACGUGGAUGACAUCAUCGAACCAAGAACGACCCGUAUGCGAAUCAUCCGCGACCUUGAGACUCUGGCCAGCAAGACCAGAGAGAACCCGUGGAAGAAACACGCCAACAUCCCGCUGUGAGCCCGCUGUGAGCCCGCUGUGAGCCCGCUGUGAGCCCGCCGGGACCCGCGAACGCCCGAGGAGGAAAUCCUUUAGGCUUUAGUGGUUGUGUGUGUGUGUGAGGCAGGGUUGUUGCUGCCCAUGUGGUGGUGGCAGUGUGAGUCUAUGUGGGGAUAUAAU